AUGUUUAAGCUAGCAAUUUUGCUGUUUUACGCACUUUUCGCUGAAAGUACUAGUGCCGAAUGCAACUUGGAGGAUCUGGUUAGUCAGUGCGGUGGAUUCUGCUUCAGGGCGAUGUGGCCGAUACUGGAUCACAUUUCCUAUCACCAGGGUUCAGGAUCGAAUGCCAGCGAGUUCAAUACCCUGGAGACACGAGUCAAGCUGGACAGUAUUGAAAAGCAACUGGUUGCCCAGCAAAAGGUUCUAACCAGCCUGGAGUCAUCGCAGAGGAACAUUCCGCAGAACUUUGAGCAGAUCGGUGGCGGCUUCUAUUACACUGAAAAAUACAGCAAGCAAAAUUGGUUCGCCGCCCGGGAUAUUUGCCGCCGAAUGGGAGGACAUCUGGCCAGCAUUCGCAGCGAUGCGGAGCUGACGUCCCUCAAUGCGAAACUUCCAGCUUCAACGGAAUUCUGGCUGGACAUCAACGAUCUGGGCGCCACGAGCGAUUACGUGUCCUUGAAGUCCGGGAAGCCAGCCACAUUUCUUCGAUGGUCAUCAGGGGAACCAAACAGCAGCAGCCACCACUGCGUUCUCCUGGAUAAGCUAAUGUACGACCGAAACUGUGACCAGUUGACCUUGUUCAUUUGCCAGGCCGGCGAUGAAAAUGAAUAA